UACGGGUUCGUGUUGCAUCUUUCCCCCGAAAGAAUGAAGCGGAGCAUUCGGAGUGCUUUGAGAAAUGUACGAGGCAUGAUCCAACGGUUGAUGUCGCGAGAAAAAAGGAUCAAUCAUCCUUUUGCGCGAAAGAUACCACCCGAACCCUCACAGCACUGCAAGGUCAGACUAUAUGUCGAAUGCCUCGCACCUUCGCUCCGGCUGCCGACCCGUGCGCUCUUCUAUUCGCAUGGGAUCUGGGUUUGUCUCGUUAUGCCUUGUUCUGAUAUAUUUACCACUUACCAGUUCUUGUUUGUACCUGCCUGCUCCGUUCUAAAUCAUCUCAAUUCCUCACCCUUCACCCAAUCACCCAAAGACCCCUCUUCAUUUCUAUCUCCAAUGAACCACUCCACCCAUAUCUCCCUUCUCCCUGCACUUCUCCUCCUCCUCCCCCUUCUUAGCUCCUCCCACCCGGCCACCACCACCUGCUACACUUCCGUCUUCAGCUUCGGUGACUCCCUCGCCGACACCGGAAACUUACUCCGCUACCUUGGCAAGAAAAAUAUCGAUGUCGGCCGACUCCCAUAUGGCGAGACCUACUUCCGUCGCCCCACCGGCCGGUUCUGCGAUGGCCGAUUGGUUGUCGACUUCAUCGCUCAAGCAAUGGGACUUCCACUCUUGCCGCCGUACCUCGCCCGGCGAAGCGGCCAUGGGUUCCGGCAAGGAGCGAAUUUCGCCGUGGCCGGGGCCACCGCGAUAGAAAAUGGCUUCUUUAUGGAGAAAGGGCUCCACGUCCCGUGGUCGAACAACUCGUUGGGUAUCCAGAUAGAAUGGUUCAGGCAACUGCUGCCCUCGCUUUGCUCCUCAGAUUCAGACUGCAAUGUCAUGUUUCAAAAUUCUCUCUUCCUGGUGGGGGAGAUCGGAGGGAACGAUUACAAUUACCCAUUCCUCCAAGCAAGAGCUCUGGACGAAGUAAUUUCCUAUGUUCCGCCAGUGAUGGAUGCCAUUAGCUCAGCAAUUACGGCGUUGAUUGAGCUUGGUGCACGAACAUUGGUGGUGCCCGGGAACUUCCCAAUUGGAUGCAAUUCUGCCUAUCUGACAGUUUUCCACAGCAACAGAAGUGAAGAUUAUGACGCGUUUGGAUGCAUCAAAUGGUUGAAUAAGUUCUCGAGAUACCAUAACAACCAACUCCGAGUGGUAUUGAAGCGGAUCCGUCAACGUAACCCUCACGCCACUGUAAUCUAUGCCGACUAUUAUAGUGCAGCCAUGAGCAUGUUUAGGUCUCCGCAACUCUCUGGUUUCCGUAGUUCGCCUUUACCUGCGUGCUGUGGAGGUGGUGGACCUUACAAUUUUAACUCUUUCUUGCAAUGUGGAAAUCCGGGCUCAAACGUCUGCGCCGAUCCCUCAAGUUACGUCACUUGGGACGGAAUGCACAUGACUGAAGCGGCUUACAGGAAGAUUGCCACUGGCUUACUAGAAGGACCGAAUGCUGUUCCUCCUAUCCUCAACACUUGCCCCAGAACAAAACAGAAAACCUCUAGGCCCCACUAUGUAUUGUUGGAUGAUGAUAUAUUGGAUGGAUGAACACUGCUCAAAAAAGAUGCAUUGGAUGGACGAGACUCGAGAUACAUACAAAAUACUGCUUUCAGGGAAUUAAAACAUAUAUCACAAUGAUAUAGCAUAGCAAAUUUUAUUGUAUUGCAUUGUACCAUGUUGUAGGACCUUGGUCUGUGCGGUUGCUUAAUCUAUGCAAUUGCUAUCAAAUCCAUUAUGGAGAUUUUAAUUGAGGAAAUAUGGAAGCAUGCGUUUAGAUGUA